CUUCCGGGUGAUGUCGAGCUGCAGGCCCUUGCAUGCGCCGCAGCUCAGGCAUGUUCACUAAUCGUCCAUCUUCCAAUCAUCACCAAGAGAUCCCUUGCGGAGCUGAGCUCCGCUUUGCGGGGGCCCGACGGAAGGGUUCGCGCCUAAUCGUCGACGGAUAUGGAGCUUCGAGUACAAUUGUGAAGUUAACGGUGAUAGGAAAGUAAUCAUGGGAAAUUCGCAGUAUUUAAGACGAAGAGCGAGAGCAGGAAGACUGAUUCUCCAUCAAAACAUCUUCUAUUCAGCUAAACAUCCACUUGCAUCUUUGCAAAUUCAACAAGCAACAUGUCAUCUCCCAUCACUAAGUUCAAAGCCGCCGCCGUCACCUCUGAGCCUGGGUGGUUUGAUCUCGAACUGAGCGUCCAGAAGACCAUUCACUGGAUCAACGAAGCAGCAAAGGCAGGAUGCAGACUCGUCGCCUUUCCAGAAGUUUGGAUUCCCGGCCAUCCAUUCUGGAUCUUCCAGCUGAACUACCAACAAUCCCUCCCCCUCCUCAAGGCUUACCGCGAGACCAGCCUCAAAGCCAACUCCGGGGAAAUGCUGCGGAUCCGGCGCGCCGCCCGCGACAACAAGAUCUACGUCUCCCUCGGUUUCUCCGAGCUCGACCUCGCGACCCUCUACAUGACGCAAGUCCUAAUCUCCCCCACGGGCGACGUCAUCAAUUUCCGGCGCAAAAUCAAGCCCACGCACGCCGAAAAACUCAUCUUCGGCGACGCCACCAACGACACCUUCACCUCUGUCACUUCUACCGAGCUCGGCGGCCUGGGCCAGCUCAACUGCUGGGAGAACAUGAACCCGUUCCUCAAGGCGCUAAACGCGUCUCAAGGCGAGCAAGUGCACGUAGCCGCGUGGCCGCUGAUGCCCGGGCAGGCAGCGCGCGUAGAUCCAGCUCCUGCGUCGCUGACAGCCGAAGUCGCGGCUGAUGUCGUCAAUCGCGCGUACGCGAUCGAGACAGGCGCGUAUGUUAUUGCCCCUAUGCACCGUGUUACGAGGAAGGGCAUUGAGGCGAGUGAAGUUUUGGCGAGGGGCGUGGACCUCGAGCAGGACUUUGCCGUCAAUAAUGGCUUUGCGAGGAUUUAUUCGCCCGAUGGACGCGUGCUUGCGAAGCCGGAUCCGGAGUUUGACGGGCUGUUGGUCGUCGAUAUCGACACAGACGAAACGCAUCUCACGAAAGCGAUAGCGGAUUUCGGCGGGCAUUACGCGCGCCCGGACUUGCUGCGCUUGCUGGUGGAUACGGGGAGGAAGGAGCUGGUGACGGAGGUGCGCAGGGAUGGGGGCUUGAAGGCGUACUCGACGCUCGAGAGGGUGGGGCUGGAUAGGCCGCUUGAGGAUGGAGAGAGGGAGGGGGAGGAGGAGAGGAAUUGACAAAGAUGAGUGGAUAGGGGGGCAUUUGAGGGGGCUUAGGUGAGUGCGGC